AUGAAAUACGUUAUGCUUCUUUACACAGAAAGCGAAAAGGACAAAGCCAGGAAACUACGCGAUUAUUUGCAAUGUAGGCUGUGUAACAUGGCAGACAUGAGAACCAUUACUCAAAUUUCAGCUGAGGAAGAUGAUUUUAGGAGUGAACUUCGCUGCCAAGGGGACUGCAUCGUUUUGGUCGGAUCACGCCACACUUCGACCCUCAUAAAGGAAAAAAAACAAGAGGGCGACGAAGAUUUCCUUACUUUUGAUGGGAAGGUUAUACACGAAGAGUUCACGGGGAACAGAGAAUUUAUUGACAAACUGAUAAUUGUAUACUUGACGACGGAAAGAGCCAAUGAUGACUGGAUCCCAGAUGGUCUUGAUGAAAAGAGGAUCUUCAAUAUGCAGGGCGAAAAAAUUGUGGAAAGUCCUUUGCUGUAUCAGCUUGAGUAUUCCAUAAGGAAAAUAUUGCUUGGAGAUUCCUUUAUGAUGUAG